UGCUACUCGUUCCCAACAUAAAUGUUGUUUCAUCUUUCCCGAGAAUACUAGAAUUGGCAGGAUUUGUAGAAGAAAAGAUCCGUACAUUAAGGCAGAGAUUACAAAUUGCUGACAACACCGAUAAGAAACACGAGAAUCAAAUGGCGGAAAUGCGCACUAAGAAAGCAUGCAAUGCUUUUUCCCUGACUGCGCAUCCCUUCCACUCGAGUCUCGCGUCUUUCGUCAGUCUCGUUAGUGUAAGCGCCUUUUAUAAAUCCUGCCAAUCUGUUUUUGCCAAUCGUUUUUAUGAUAAGAAGAAAACUAUUUCUUUUAUAAAUGAGCAUAAAAUGAAAUGGUAUGGUGGAUAAAAGAGCAGCAUACCUCUAUUAAAAUGAAAAUAAGCGAUGUAAAUGAAGAGGAUCGGCAUGCUAGAUGUGUGUCUCAGGUUAAGUUUGGCAAACAAGCAUUUCCAGCUCGCAUUUUGGAAAUCCAUAAUACAAAGCAUGAAAUUUUAUUAUAUACAGAAGUAUAAAGUACUCACACAAUAUGCAUAAUCUAAAGAUGAUAUUUAAAAGACUUUUGAAAUCUCUAAAGUUAUAAGUUACAUUGCUAUUUUGCAUUGCUCUAAAUAGAUGUUUGUCUGGUAGAUAAUCAAAAGAUUCUCGAAGAAGCUGAAGAUUAAUUUUUUAAAGAAAUGGAUGAUAAAUUGAACGGCAAGAGUAAUGACAAAAAAAGAAAAAUUAAGUUGAAAAAAUCAUUUGGCUCUGUUGCUUCUGAGCAUGAAGUUGCUGUUGCCAUUGGGAAGAAAUACAACUUGCCUCCCAAAUUACACGAGAUAAAAAAAAUGAGUUGAAAUAUGCGAGAAAGAAUCUUAAGUGUCAUAAUCAAGUUCAAGUCGAAUUAGAUAAUUUUCAUCUUUCUAAAAGCAAGUUUAAAGAUAUAGAUAAUGAAAAAAGAAAUUAUUCUAUUAAAAAUUCAAAAGCAACAGAAGCGAGACGAAAAGUGUCUCUUUCUCAAACAACUUCACAAUUGAUUUUGAAGAAAUCGGAUUAUGAGGCUGAUUCAAUAAGCGAAAGCAGUAUUACUGUUGAAAAUAUAAAUCAAACUACAAGUGAGGAAAAUGAUAUAAAUAUUGAUCAUAAAGAUGAUUGUCAUAAAGAUUCAGAAGAAGAAGUUAAUAAAAAAAGGAAGAAACAGUGUUACAUAAGCAUUCUUCGUCAAAUCUUGAUGGAUUAGUAAUUUUGGAACAGUGAAACCCACUCUGUACUAAUACGUGACCGUAUUGCUAUAUGACUAACUAUAUAUCUUGGAGGUGGUUGAAAGCAAGAACAAUUUCCUCCAAUAAUGCAUUACCUCAAUCGAUGUAUAUCGAUUUGCUACCUAUCCCAUCUGAACAUGCUAAGAGUACCCAUCGAAAAACUUUACAAGAGAUUCAGUGUAACAUAUCAGUGGAUAAAAUGCCUGUAAAAGAUAUCAAUAAUAGUUCAGUUAGUCAGAAAACAAUAUUUCAUCUUUGCAUCCUAUAUGACAAAAGAAAUCAUGAAACGAAACCGAAUGCUGGAGAGUCUCAACAUAGUAUCAAUAGAUUCUAAAAAACUCCAUGAGCUAUCUUCUACAAAACAUGCUACUUUGUAUGCCGAUGUCCCAUCUUAUCAACAACUCCACCCCAUAGCCGUUCCUCAUUCUGAACUUCCUUUUGUUUCUUCUCUUCCUUUUCAGUACAACUGUUAUAAUAAUUCUCAUAAUACUUCUUCUAUAUACAAUUAUCCCGGUACAGAUCUUUCUGUUCCAUCCGAUCAGCAGCAUUCACAUAAGAAUCAGAAGAGUAAUAAUUCAUUUUUUACUAAUUUGUCUUCUAACAUACAUUAUACUGAUAGUACUGAUUAUCAUUACUCCAAUGACAAUUUAUCUAUGUCGGUGCUUCAAUAUAUCAAUUUUUGUGAGUUAUUAUUAUAUUUUAUAAUUAAGAUAUAUACUAUA